GUAAUAAUAUGCGUAAUGCUAUUUCUUUUUCCGUGUUCUUAAAAUAUAUACGUUUGGUGUUUACUUACCUUACUUUACUUGCGACUGCCGACUAGUGACUACCAUAGUGGCUGCACCAAACGGUAUAUUUUAAAUUGAAUUCAAGUUCGAAAGUCUACUACAGUAAAUUCACGUAUUCCUCGUAAUAUUUAUUUAUCUGUGAUAUUUUUAGUCAAUACGGUAAUCCUGUUUGUUUUUUUUUGGGGAAGCCAACGCAACUGUCUAUCUCACGCAUCAUAUAUUGAGUUAUUUUUCCGAAACUCGUUGUUAAAAGUUGUUAUUAAAUAAUGGCCCAAAACGUUAAUCCAAGACUCGAAGGUAGUUCGUCAAACUCUCCGAAACGGAGUGAAGAUAUGAAUGACAGAAUAGAAUCGAAUAAAGUCGUCCAAAGAUUGCAAAAAGAAUUAAUGAGUUUGAUGAUGUCAUGUGACGAAUCAGUAUCAGCUUUUCCAGAUGGUGAUAAUCUCUUUAGAUGGGUUGCUACGAUAGUUGGACCUAAAGAUACUGUAUAUGAAAAUUUAAAAUACAAACUAAGUAUGGAAUUUCCGCGUGGCUAUCCAUAUAAACCACCAACUGUUACUUUCUUAACUCCUUGUUUUCAUCCUAAUGUGGACUUUGCAAGUGGUGCCAUAUGCUUGGAUAUUUUAAAAGAAAAAUGGUCUGCUAUGUAUGAUGUCAAAGCAAUACUUAUAUCAUUACAGUCUCUUCUUGGAGAGCCAAAUAAUGAAAGUCCUUUAAACGUUAAAGCAGCACAACUAUGGCCGAGACAAGAAGUUUUUAAAGCAACAUUAUUAAGUACAUACAAAGAGUCUGAAUCAACUUAAUAGAUUGUGUAAUAGUGUACUAAUUUCAACGACUAAAUUGUUUAUUGUUCAACUUAUUAUUUUUAAUUUUCCUUUAGUAUGCAGUCAUCUAUAGGAUUAUUACUAUAAACUACUUUAAUCAGACGUCAGAGAAAUAUAAUUAUUUUCUGUAGUAUAUUAUACAAUUUUUUCUAAUUUUUCGUAUUAUAUUACACUUUGAUUUACAUGAAAA